UAAAAUGACGGUAGAAUAAGUGACUUGUGCGAAAUUCAAUAUUAACUGAAAGGGAUAGGAGACUAAUUUUUCCGAAAACAAGGAACGUUCCAUAAUCCUUUUUGAUAGCUCACAUUCUAUUCAGGUCAAUAAUGAUUUAACCAUAUCAAACUACUCCACUUUUGGUCGCAACGUGAGACGCUAACAUGGUUGACUGCCUAAGAAUGGAAGAGGGUUUGAUAACUGGCUGUUUAACAAGUCGAUUCGGGCCUCGUUGCAUUGCCUUAAUUGGGUCCGCCAUUUCGUGCGCCGCGAUAACAGCUUGUUACUUCGCUGAUGACGUUAAUAAGUUUACAAUUGUUUGUCAAGUCCUUCAUGUGGUACCCAAAAGACGACUUCUGGCCAACCAUUUCCACGCUCUUCAACGCAUAUAUCAUAAAUAUGUGCUCGAAGGCUUAACAGAGAGCCGCCAAUGGAGACGAAAUGCAGACCAUCAGUGGGGGCCUCGUCGCGAUUCGAUCAAAUCGGUUUCAGUAUCGACUGAAACUACUGCAGUUUACUCAGGUGGCUUAUCAUCAUCUCGCCGGGAGUCGAUCAGCUCUAAUCAUCGAUUACGACUGCGUCAAAACGCUUCAGCUAUCUCAGUACCGAUCUCUUUGUUUGCCCCCGCAAUCUCGAUGGAGUGCGCUCCAGAACAGGACUUCGAAAUUAAUGAGGAUUAUGAAAGUUCUCAUGCCACGGCGGCCGGGCCCGAGCAACCCCUCAAGUGGAUCUUGUUUCCAGAACGCUAAUUUAUGUCGUAGGAUUGACAUACGUUAUGUUGAUCCAUUGUAG